AUGGCUCUUUCGACCAGCUCUAGAUCUAGAAAUGUAUCAUCUGAAGGGUCCGGCCAGGCGGCCAGGUCUAAAUCUGGGUCUCGUUCUGGUCUAAACUUAAAGUCUCAGAAGCAAACAAAUCCAGUAGGAUCUGUUUCAGGCUCAAUUAGAAGUCAAACUGAUGGUGAAAGUAUCUAUUCAUUUGAGCUGGUGAGUACCAAUGGACGCCUUUUAGAUCGGUUAGGAAUAGAAAGUGAUUAUACGUACGAUGAUGGAGAUGAAGACGAAGAAGGUACCGAUUGGAACCGCCGAGCAAGUACUUACUCGGUACAGUCUACAGGUAGACUUUUAGACCGUCUUGGCCUUGAAGAUGAUAAAACAAAUUCAUCUGGCCUGUCUCUUCAUCAACAAUUACAACAAAUUGGAAGAAGAGUUUCGCAUUUAGGGACCCAAAGGAAUAAACCGAUGACCGCUGCGUCGAGAGUAGGUGUUCAAAGGGCUCCAUCUGCGCCUCUUCUGUCAACAACUAGAUAUGGAGCACCAACACAAACACAACCUCAACAGAAACACUUCACACCACCACAAUCAUCUGAAUACAACGUUGGACAAGUCUCCGGUAACACAGUAGCUGCAACCGAUAACCAGUCGAUCUGGUCACUUCAUGCAGACAUGGCUUCAUUAGAGUCAGUGGCCACAAUCUCACAAAUAGUAUCGAUUCAUUCCAAUGAAUCAAAUUGGUCUUCAGGGACCAGUGGUAGCAGUGAAGCUAGUGCACAUACCAUACAUGGAAUAACCACCCCUACUCCGCCUGAAACUCCAAAGGGACAUCGUAAGACAAACUCUCUCCCAGAACCAGAUUUAGAUGAAUUGGCCUUCGACGCAUCGGAAGAUGGAAAACAUAUCGAAAAUGAAGAUGAAGAUGACGAGGACGAGUUUCGAUUCACAUCUGCAUCUACAUCUCCAAUCCCCAACUCCCCUGUGCAAGUAUCUUCCCAAACUCAUUCUCGGACUCCUUCGAACCCACCCCCUCCAUUACCAUACCAUCUGCCCUCGUCUUUCAAUUCAGGUCACUUACCCACCACGUCACCAACUCCCCGCAGAAUUUUAUCUGAACCAAUAACCUCACCUAACAAGUUCCCGAAGCAGGAUAUGUCUCCACCAGCACGAACUGCGCUAGCUAUCCAACUCAGACAAAAUGGUAAUCAUCGAGAGGCCCUGUAUCAGCUUCAACUUGCCGCCAACACACCUAACAAUUAUCCACAUGCUAUGUUCUUGUAUGCAAUGGCAUUACGAUUUGGUCAAGGUGUACGUUUAAAUGAAUCUAACUCACUUAAAUGGCUUAUGCGAUGUCUUCUAGUUAGUCAAAAUGAUGCAAAUGAUGCCUAUGCGGCCAAAUUAGCCAACGUUCUGCCCGAGGAUAUGAUAUUGGUGAUGAACCGUUCACUUCAAGCUGAAGAUGAGGUUGAUCCUGGGAAUCUCUAUGAAUACUACUCGAAACUCCCAGCGCCACAAUUAGGCAAAAUUGUAGCUACUAUCAAGGCCAAUCAAAAUAUUGGAGCAUCCGCCUUUCACGAAGUUGGAAAUUGUUUAAUUAACGGCUGGGGACUUCCAAAUAAGGAUGAGAUGCUUGGGAUGACGUACUUGGCAAAGGCGGCUUCCAUGGGGAGUUUCGUCUCUAUGGCGCAAUUGGGGGAACUUUGGAGUUCAAAGUCUAAACAUCAUAAAAAGGACUACUUCAAAGCAUCAGCAUGGCUCAGACUUAGUGAGUUAUUUGGUCAAAAAUCCAUUGGGAAUAGUUGGAUCUACAAGGACAAAUACAUGUAUCAUAAAAAGUAG